AUGGUCUCAGCUCUCAUCAGCCCUCGCGCAGGCGUGCGUGCGACGGUGGCGCUCGACCUCUCGCGACCCGAUCGCUACAUGUACGACAAUCCGUACGCCCCCGAGGGCAUGGGCCGCGAGUACAUCAACGAGCCCAACGUGCGCCGACCGCUCGCCGACUAUGAGCUGAACCUCGGCGCCUACUUUGCGGGAGAGACAAAGUUUGAGCCCUGGGACCCGCUCGGGCUUUGCCUGCUCUCCAAAGUCUCCGCCAACAAUCCGGAUGUCGCCUUCUUCCGUGAGGCGGAGCUGAAGCACGGGCGCAUGGCGAUGCUCGCUUUCGUCGGCAUCGUCGUCACGACGGGCGGGAAGCACUGGCCCGCCGAGGCGUUUGCCCAAGCGACGGCCGCGGGCUGGCCAGACUCGCUAGGCACGCUCGCAAAGACGAACCCCGGCAUCGUCGCGCAGGGCCUCGCCACCGUGGGCAUCAUCGAGGGCGCGAGCAACACCAACCGCGGCGCUUGGUGGGACGGGCUCUGGUUUGGAGAGAGGCCCGACUCGCCCGUGGUCGCCGGCGACCUGGGCUUCGACCCGCUCGGCGUGAUGCCAAAGGACCCAAAGGCGGCGGACCUGAUGCGGCUCAAGGAGCUGAAAAACGGCCGCCUCGCCAUGCUGGGUGUCUUCGGCCUCUUUAUGCAGCCCCACUCGUGA